AUGGCUGCCGUUUCCGCCGCCGCACGGCAAGAUCCCAACCAAUGGAAGAAGAACCUUUCGGCCCAUGUCAUCUGUCCUGAGUGCAAGGAAAUGCCGCCUAACUUGGAGUUUCCCGACUCUCACGAGACGGUUUGCGGUUCCUGUGGUCUGGUGCUUUCGGACCGAGAGGUUGACAUGCACUCCGAAUGGCGUACAUUCUCCAAUGACGAUCAGAAUAACGACGACCCUUCUCGUGUCGGAGAUGCCACGAACCCGUUGUUGAAUGGUGAUCAACUGGAGACACAAAUCGCAAGUGGGGGUUCUGGCAAAAUCCGCGAUUUGUAUCGGGCUCAGAACAAGCAGUCUAGUGAGAAGGCGAACAAGGCUCUUCUCGCAGCGUACAAGGAGAUCGGUGCGCUAUGCGAUGGUUUCAACAUUCAAAAGAAUGUAGCCGAUACGGCCAAAUACUUGUUCAAGGUCGUUGAUGAUGCCAAGGCCUUCAAGGGCAAGUCGCAGGACGUGAUUAUUGCUGGGUGCAUUUUCAUUGCCUGCCGCCAAUGCAAGGUUCCGCGUACCUUCACAGAGAUCUUCGCGGUUACAAAAGUAACGAGGAAAGAGAUCGGGCGUAUCUACAAGGCUCUGGAGAAAUUCUUCACGAAUCAGAACCUCGAGCGGAUCAACAGCGUCGUGUCGAACGGUGGUGUUCCAGACCCCAACGAUACCUACACCGCCACCACCUCCACCAAGCCUAGUGAUCUCUGUAACCGUUUCUGUAACCUGCUCGAUCUCCCGUUUCAAGUCACGAGUGUGUCUUCUGCGCUCUCCGAUCGUGUUACGACAAUGGGUGACUUGGCCGGCCGAUCUCCUUUGUCUAUCGUGGCGGCGUGCAUCUACAUGGCUUCCUACCUGAUGGGACAUGGCAAGUCUGCCAAGGAAAUCUCCCAGGUGGCACACGUUAGUGAUGGAACAAUACGCGGUGCCUAUAAACAGCUCUACGCCGAGAGAGAGCGCCUCGUUGAUCCCGACUGGGUCAAGGAGGGCAAGGGUGAUAUGAAAAACCUUCCUGCCAGCUGA